ACGGUUUACACAAACUCAACGUUAAGGACUUCUCACUUGUUGAACUAGUCAACACCUUUCUCCUUAAAUUGCCAUUUUUUCCCAGAGGAAGCGUAUAUUUGGAUUAUCAAGACUGAGUAGCAGGACGCCACACGUUGUAGCUAACCUCAACAUCUCAACAUGGCUGCUUAUGCCCUUGUCACAGAGAACUUUAAGUUUGCAUCUCUCUUCUUCAAGAGUAAAGAUGUGAUGAUAUUUAAUGGUAUGAUUGCUCUGGGCACUGUGGCCAGCCAGACGGCAUACAACGUUUUUGCCUUUGAUUGUCCGUGCUCGCCCUCCAGGAAUUAUUACUACGGCCUGGCCGCUAUUGGCGUUCCAGCGUUGGCCUUUUUCGUUGUGGGAAUAUUAUUGAACAAGAGAACUUGGGACCUGGUAUCAGAGUUCCGCCUCAGGAAGUUCCGCAAAAUGUCAGCAGCCGCAGGAUCUGCGGUUUUGGGGAGUAUUCUGGGCCGAGCCGUGGUGGCACCGCUGACAUGGACUGUUCUCUCCAUGCUGCAAGGUCACGCCUACACGUGUGCUUUAAGUGAGUUUACAGAAUCCAGGACAGUGGAGGGCUUCCCCUCAGAUCAAGACAAAGAGAUAAUGGCAAAGUUCCCGUGCAAGGAAAGUCUUCCAGAAGACUUGCAAGGCUUCUGGGGAGAAAUUGAUCGGCGUCUGAAAUAUGAAUCUCAGGAGGAAACUUUGACUGUUGGCUUGAUCCCCGGCUUGAUUGUUGAUUGAAACAUCCUACCCUCAAGGUCCGCUAAGCUGAUAGGUUGGAUGAUCCUGGCUGGAAUGUCUCUGACGGUGUUCCUGGUGAUGUGUUCCAAACGAUGCUGUUCGCCCCUUGGCUACCAGCAGGAAGAAUACUGGUCCAAGU